CGGUUAUUCGUUAACCGAUCUUCCAAUUUCCGGUUAUUUCUUCUUAAUCGUAACCUUAUUCCGGUUCGUACCGUUUAAUCUGGUAUAAUCGUUAACUCUGUUCUUACUUCUUCUUCGUUCUCUCUGUCCGAUAAAAUUUGGAGCUUUUUCAUACUUCACUUACUGAAAUCUUUACAUCAAUGAUGCGGUUUAUGAGAAAUUUUGAAGCUUUGAUUCUCAUUCAUCCAUGAUCAAGUUAUCAGUAAUACCUCGAUCUUUUCGGUUAUUGUCGAUCGGUUCUUAUGUCGAACUAAUCGAAAACAACGGUCGAGAUCGACUGCUUUCUGGAGGAAGAGUGCUUCAUGCUCAUCUUGUGACAUCUGGGAUUGCUCGGUUGGUGAAAACUGCAGCGAAGCUUGUGACUUUUUAUGUUGAAUGUGGGAAAGUAGCAGAUGCACGGAAGGUGUUCGAUGAAAUACCCAAGAGAGAUAUUAGUGGAUGGGUUGUCAUGAUUGGGGCUUGUGCUCGAAAUGGGUUUUAUCAGGAGGCUUUGGAUUUAUUCAGAGAAAUGAAUACAGAAGGUUUAAAGCUUGACGCUUUCAUCGUUCCUAGUCUUCUUAAAGCUAGUCGCAAUGUGCUUGAUCAAGAAUUUGGGAAGAUGAUACAUUGUCUUGUGCUGAAGUGUUCGUUUGAAUCUGAUGCUUUUAUAGUUAGCUCGCUUAUUGAUAUGUAUUCGAAGUAUGGGGAGGUAGAUAAUGCGAGGAAGGUGUUUGAUGAUUUGGGUGAACAAGAUUUGGUUGUGUUUAAUGCUAUGAUCUCUGGUUAUGCUAACAACAGUCAAUCAGAUAAAGCGUUGAACUUGGUGAAAGAUAUGAAACGAGUAGGAAUAAAACCUGAUAUUAUCACUUGGAAUGCUAUACUUUCAGGAUUUGCGCAUAUGGGUAGUGAAGAACAAGUAUCUGAGAUUCUUGAGAUGAUGUGUUUGGAUGGUCACAAGCCCGACGUUGUGUCCUGGACUUCCAUAAUAUCAGGCCUUGUACAUAAUUUUCAGAAUGAGAAAGCUUUUGAUGCUUUUAAACAGAUGUUAACUCAUGGGUUUUAUCCAAACUCAGCUACGAUCACAACUCUUUUGCCUGCUUGUACCACACUUUCAAAUAUGAAGCACGGCAAGGAGAUUCAUGGCUACUCGGUAGUCACUGGACUAGAAGAUCACGGUUUCGUUAGAAGUGCUUUGCUCGAUAUGUAUGGCAAAUGUGGUAACAUAUCAGAAGCAAUGAUCUUGUUUCACAAGACGCCAAAGAAGACAACUGUUACUUUCAACUCGAUGAUCUUCUGCUACGCAAAUCACGGGCUUUCUGACAAAGCAGUUGAGCUAUUUAAUCAGAUGGAAGCCACGGGUGAGAAACUAGACCACUUAACAUUCACGGCCAUCCUCACAGCCUGCAGCCACGCGGGGUUAACUGAUCUUGGGAAAAAAUUGUUCCAUUCAAUGCAAAACAAGUACAGAAUCGACCCGAGAUUGGAGCAUUAUGCUUGUAUGGUGGAUCUUCUCGGCCGAGCAGGGAAGCUUGUUGAGGCCUAUGAGAUGAUCAAGGCUAUGCAAAUGGAGCCGGAUUUGUUUGUGUGGGGUGCUUUGUUAGGUGCGUGUAGAAAUCACGGGAACAUGGAGCUUGCAAGGAUUGCAGCAAAGCACUUAGCAGAGCUCGAACCUGAGAACUCAGGGAAUGGCUUGCUUCUGUCCAGUUUGUAUGCCAAUGCUGGUAACUGGGAAAGUGUUGUCAGAAUGAAGAAGAUGAUUAAGAGGAAGAGGUUUAGAAGGUUUCUAGGCAGCAGCUGGGUAGAAGCUGUUUGAUCCUAAUGCUCAUUUUGGU